AACCUGCCGAUGAUGUUGACCUGCAGGCCAACCAUGAGGGCAGCUGUGACUUCAUCAUCAUCAUGUGUCCGUCAUGUAAGGAGCUGAUGAGGGCCAAUGAACAGGAGCGCCACAAUGAGAGGGAGUGUCCAGAGAGGACGCUGAACUGCAAAUACUGCAAAGAACCGUUCCUGCUGAAGAACAUCAAGGCUCACGAUGAAAUCUGUCCCAAGUACCCGAUGAUUUGCGAGGGCUGUGCCAAGAAAAAGAUUCCUCGUGAAAAGUAUGUGGACCAUAUUAAGUUCUGCAGUAAAUUUAAAACGCCGUGCAGAUUUCAUGUUGUUGGCUGCGAUACGUCUGUGGAAAAGGAGAAGAUCCAUGACCAUGAGCAGCAGUGUUCCUAUGAACACCUCAACCUGUUACUGCAUUUCAUCAUGGGGAUCAAAGUGAGUCUGGAAAGCCUACAACCUCAGAUCCUGGAGCUGGCAAGCCAGAAGUUGCAGGUGCUCCACCAGUCCCUCAGAGAGCUGGAGAUGAAGAUGAGCCAACUCAGCGGUGGCGGCCCCGCCCCCAUGCAGGGUGCAUGCGCUCUCACCCUGGCCACAUCCUUUACCCCACUUCCCAGCGCCAUGGGGGCCGCCCUGGAGCUACAGUUGCAGAGCGAAAAGACCAAAGUGGCGGAGCUGAGCCGACGUUGCCAAGAGCUGGAGCUGAAGGUAAACACAUUUGAGAACAUCGUCUGCGUCCUGAACCGAGAGAUCGAGCGCUCCUGUGCCACCAUGGAGGCCUACAACCGCCAGCACAGACUGGACCAGGACAAGAUAGAGAUUUUAAACAACAAGGUCCGUCAGCUGGAGAGGACAGUAAGCCUGAGGGACCUGUCCAUCGUGGAGAUGGAGGGGAAGAUGAGGGAGAUGUCUGCAGCUACCUACGAUGGCAUCUUUAUCUGGAAGAUCUCUGAUUUCACCAAGAAGAGGCAGGACGCCGUGGCGGGCCGUGCUCCUGCCAUGUUCUCUCCUGCGUUUUAUACGAGUAAAUACGGCUAUAAGAUGUGUUUACGGAUCUACCUGAACGGCGACGGAACAGGCCGGGGGACGCACCUGUCUCUGUUCUUUGUGGUGAUGAGAGGACACAGCGACGCUCUCCUUAAGUGGCCUUUCAACCAAAAGGUGACUCUCAUGCUGCUGGACCAGAACAACCGGGAACACAUAAUCGAUGCUUUCCGGCCCGACGUCUCGUCCUCGUCCUUCCAGAGACCCGUCAGUGACAUGAACAUCGCCAGCGGCUGUCCACUCUUCUGUCCUCUGUCCAAGCUGGACUCUAAAAACUCCUAUAUACGUGAUGACACCAUCUUUAUUAAGGCCAUCGUAGACCUCACUGGGCUCUAGAGAAAACAACCUGGCAGCAGAAAAAUCACUUUUUGUUCAAACUAAACCGGCUGCUGGUGAUCAGUAGCUGCUGUUUCUCUGCCGUCUUUGGGAUCCAUUGUUUACAGUAUGCAAGAUAGCAGUUUUCUUUCUUUGUUGAAAGUUUGUUCAGUCGUCAGAUCAGCUUUUAUGCAUCAAACUGUGACUAUUCACCAAAGUGACUGGAGAGGUGAACAAACCUUAAACAGCGUUUUUACUAACCAAUGCAUUCCAACAACUUUGUAGCAUAAUUUGUGUGAAACCUCAGAGCUGUGACUGUCUUUGGUCUCUAUGCCCAGCAUCCCAGCUUCUGGUGCUAUAGAAGGGGUUUGAAAGUCUCCCUGUAGCCACUAGAUGUUUUUACAAGAUAAACCCCAGAAAGGUUUAACCUACUAACCACUGUAGUAACUAACAGACCUGCGAGUCCCUUCAAAUAACCAGCUUCUUUACUGACACUUUCUCUGUCGUCUGGGAUUCUUCCACCAUUUAGCUGCAAGCUUUGAUAUUUUUCAUCUUUUUCAACGGUUUCCUUCUAUGGUAACCAGCUGGUUCUAUUUCAUCCCUACUGACCACCAGAGGGCGGUGCUGAAAGCACUGAAUGUUCCCUUCAGGCAUGCGCAGUUCGAGUAAUUAUCCCAACAGAGUCACACCUGUGAUGCCGGAUGACCAAUCAGAAGCUAUAUAACCUGGUGUCAUCCAUGGCUCUGUUCCCUUUUUCGUCUCGCAAGCAGUACGCUAGCUUCCCCGUUGUUUGAUGCCCCCGUCUCUUGCUGACUGGAGGUUUUUCUUCUCCCUCCCAGGGCUGCCACAGAUCGAUUCUAGUAGAAGAUUACGGAAGGUAAGUUUGUUUGUUUGCUGGCGACGGUAGCGUCCGUGCCCCCUCUCCCAGCUCACGACUUCUUGUUACCAUUUUACCUACAACUUGGUGCUGUUUUGGUUGACAACUGGUGAUAACAGCGAUUUCACCCCCUCUCCCAAUAUCAACCCUACUUUUGCAGCUGUAAUAAUUGGUCAUGGUAGCGGUUUUCUCCCCCUCUCCCAAGUGUGAUCAACUUUGCUUGCCGAAGUUUGGAUAAGGCUAACGUUGUUAGCUUUUUUGGUUUGUUGGUUUUAUACCUGGUGACGGUAGCGUUUUUCGCCCCUACUCCCAACUUACAUUACCAAAGUUUGGAUACGGCUAAUGCUAGCUUUUUUUGGUUGGUUGGUUUUAUACCUGGUGAUGGUAGCGGUUUUCGGCCCCUCCCCCAGUAUCAGCUUGCUUGUGCUUUGAGCCUCUUUUAUUUCCCUGCUGUAACUGGUGGUGGCUGCGUUUGCGCCCCCUCUCCCGAUUUUAGACAUUUUGUUUCUUUUUCGGGCCGAGCCCUGUCGACCUUUAACAUGGAUGGCUCCCACAGCUGCAUGGAUUGUGGGGCUGCCCUGCAGGCAGAGGUAGGCCACGACUUUUGCCCUACCUGCCUUGGACAUGAGCACCUUUUGAAAGAGCUAUCUGAGAAUUAUUUAUGCCACAUGCAGUGAGGGUGGCUCGGUUGGCCCAGUCGUGCCCCCAGGAGGGCUCAGACCUUCUGCCCUGUGGGCAGGUAGUUCCCCCAAGCGUUCUAAGCAAUGUGGUUGGACCACGGCAUCCAAGCCCCUCCUCCGAGGAAUGGCCAAACUUGAAAGGAAGUCCUUGUUACAGACACAUUAAUCUGUUGGCUCGCUUCCGGUGGCUAGGUUCUCUUCCCCACCCAUGCCCAAACUGGUUGUGGAGGAUGAUGUCAAAUAUCUAGCUGCUUCUGCUUCUCAUUUUAGAGAUGAGGAGACGGCUAGGUCCUCUCAGGUCUCUGAGACUGGUUCAUUUUCAUCUCAGAUUGUGGUUGGAGGGGCCGGUGACAGUUCUAUGUGGGAGGUUAUGUCCAUGGCCCUAAGCAGCUGCAGCUGGAACUCCCACAGGUCGAGGUAUCCAACUCCAGGGGUGCUUUUUUUCAGGUGUGGAAGGGCUCCUACUCCCUUUUCUGUACCUCCAUCAGAGGAGUACCUGAAGGAGUUGCACACAUGUUGGCAGGAACCGAGAGCAUUGUCACGUCUCUCCUCAGAUGGUCGCAUGUUAG